UGGGCGUAUUUAUGAGAGGCGCAAAUAAAUUAUAGAUUGCAAUUGAAUUUAAUCAUAUUGGGCCUACAAUAAUUGGAAAACCCGCUACGAGAAUUGCGCCAAUUUGAAUGUGUAAAAAAAAGAAAAAAAAACAAAUAUGCCAGACUCGUAAAAUAGUUGUUGGACGCAAUUAUCAGUCGCAGAGUUCGCAUAGUUUAUUGUUUGCCACCAAUAAAUUAAACACGAAAAUAACAUUAUUCUAUCAAUCUGAUAAGCGCAACGUACAAACUCAACAAGGUAUAUACAAACUUGACGAAUAAACUCUGCUCGAUUUUGGGCCACAAUGACGGAGCAUCUGUCGUCGGUCAUCAGUAGCCAGCAGAGAGUCGUCGACUACGGCAGCACGUCGAAAGCCCGCCUCAGUCCGGAUCCGCAAGCACGUGCUUCCUUUGUGCUCGCCAGCGAAUCUCCGCCGUCCGUUAAACGUUAUUCGAGAAUGCCGCACAAUAAGCUUAAGGGUGAAUCCCAGCAGCCGCUCGAGCGGCUGGAAUACUUUUUGAAUGUGCUGAAUCAGAUGUGCAUCGGAUUCGUGACCAUCUAUAUGUCGUAUAUCACGCUGCGCACGAACCUGGCAACAACCCACCUGCACGCCUGGCUGGUUACGAUUGGCUUCUCCUUCUUCAUGGCCGAGGGCGUCAUGGUGCACUAUGGCGGCAAUGUGCUGACCAACAGCUACAAGCGCAGCACUCAGACCACGAUACACUGGGUCCUGCUGACCCUGGGCGGGGGCUGUGGUGCCGCCGGCGCCUUGAUCAAGAUGAUUCAGAAGGGAUUCCUGCUGCAGACCACGCACGGCCGUUUGGGCAUAACGGCCUUUGUAUUGUGCCUGCUGGCCAUGAGCUCCGGAUUGGCAGCUCUCUGCUCGACGCGCGUCAAGAAGCUGAUCACGCCGCUUUUGAAUAAGGCUUUCCACAAUUUCGUGGGCUUCGCCUGCUUUGUCAUCGCGCUCGUCGCCCAGUAUUACGGCUAUCAGACGGGCUACUUUAAGGCCCGCGUCGAAACGGACUUCCAAAUCCUGAUGAAGUGCCUGACGCUCGUCUCGCUCGUGCUCUCCAGCUAUGGCCCCAUCAAGGGACUCUAUCAUAAAUUUAAGGCCAUCUCGGGGCAGUACUAAUCAAGAGCUUAUACUCCCCGAUCUAUAAUUACGUACGGACAGUCCUCUGCCCUGUAAGAAAUUCCCAUAAUUUCGUGAAAUCCCCAACGAGACACUUUUGCACUUUAUGCCGGGCCAAGCAGGGCAGUUGGAAUUCCGCCUCAUUAAAAAUUAUUAUUUUCAAAUUCUAGAUAAGGUUGUUGUGCCUCGGCCUCCGGCUGGGCACGUACGGCAACUAAACUUACGGAUUUAUUUUGUCAGAUCCUUAGAUAGUUAAGACCCACAUUUGAUACGAUUUGCUGUGAAUCAUUUGGAAUUUAGAUAGCAACACGUCAAAAAUGACGUAGGACAUAAAAACGAGUGAGUCAGAGCAAAAUAUUAAAAUUGAAAAGAAAAAAAACUACAAAAUUA